AUGGGGGCCGACAUGAAGGGUAUAAAAGAUAGAAUGGACAGGAUUUUGCAAAUUGCUUCUGAAAGAGAGCUUCGGAAACAAAGGGACAGCAACAUGAGAGUACUAUCGAUGGAUACGUCGAAUAUGACCGGGGACGAGCUUCAAGUUAUUUUGGCGAUGAAGGACGAGCUUCAAGCCAUGAUUAGGAAAUCUAAGAGGCUUACCAUGAGCGAAUACAGAGGCCAAGAGCAACAUGAAAUUGAAGAUAUAGGUGAUAUGGUCGAUCAUAUCAGCAAUCUACCUGAUUGUAUCCUUCAUCAGAUUCUGUCGUGUAUGCCCACAGUAGAAGCUGUAAAGACGUGCAUAUUAUCUACUAGAUGGAAGAACCUGUGGGCUUCCGUUCCCAACCUUGACUUUGAUGAUGCAAAGUUGUUUUCCAUAGAGGUUGAUAAUUGGCGUCAGUGUGAUGCGACUUCCUUCAAGAACUUUGUAGAAAGAGUCCUCGCGUUACAGGAUGCAUCAAAUUUGAAAAAGUUUCAUCUAACAUAUGUGGAGCUUGAUCUCUGUCUAGUGAAAGUAGAUCCAUCUAUGAUUCCUCAGUCUAUGUUUCAUAACACAUCAUUGGUUAGCCUGAAAUUAAGAAUGGAUUGUGUUAUUGAACUCCCAUCUCACGUUUCUUUUCCAUGCGUGAAAAUCUUGCACCUAUCUUUGGUUGCAUUUCCGAAUGCUGAUUCUACAGAAAAGCUUUUCUCAGGCUGUCCAUCACUUGAAGCAUUGGUUUUAUCAGAUUGCAAGUGGAUGAACUUGACGGAUAUUGUGAUUUCGAGUUCCACCUUAAAGAGCUUGACCAUAGCUAAUAGGUCGACCUAUAAGCUAUGGUUAUGGUGUGAUCUUAGUUUUAAGAUCAAGAUUGAUGCAGUAAAUCUUCAAUUUUUUCAAUACUUUGGAUAUCCAUCAAUCUUCUCUUGA